AUGAGCUGUUCGCAUUUGAAUCAGGCGUUUAGAAAUGAAAAGACCCGGGAUGGAAUUUUAAAAACCUACAACAUGAUCCGAUACAUCAUCGAGCACAGUACAUUCCAAAAUCGUCAUUUACAAUCGAUGAGAUGCUCUGAAUGUCAUGAAAUUAAUCAUGGAUCAACGUUCAUGUGUUUACAGUGUGGUUUUUGUGGUUGCUGGAAUUCUGAGCAUUUUGUCAUGCAUAGCAAGAAAGCUGGACACAUCUUUGGCGUGAAUUCCAGCAACGGACUUUUGUUCUGUUUCAAAUGCAUGGAUUUUGUGAGUGGGAACGAAAUGCUAACUAACUCCAUGCUUAUAAAAUACUGGGACGACGUCUCGGUCAAGAGUUCGUUGCCCACGUCACGCGGUAGAGAUGGUUUGUGUGGCCUGGUCAACAUGGGAUCAACCUGUUUCAUGAGCAGCAUUAUACAGACGCUGGUUCACAACCCUUACGUGCUAAAGUACAGCUUGGACCAGCAUCACUUUGCACAUUGUGAUAUCGAUGACAGUUCAUCCUGCUUUUCUUGUGCCUUGGAUAGCGUUGUUGCUGAUUUUUACGGCCCUUCCAGCCAUAAUUUUCCGUCGCAACAAAAAGGCUUCGUCGAUCUGCUUCUAUGCGCUUGGAAGGUCAACAAGAACUUGGCGGGUUACUCUCAACAGGAUGCUCAUGAGUUCUUACAGUUCUUUCUAAACCAACUGCACUCGGAUUAUGUCAGACUUACCAAAAGCCCCACGACAAAAGCAGAAGCCUGCAAAUGCAUUGCCCAUUCAGCAUUCCAAGGCACCUUAAGAAGUACAAUCAUUUGUACUGACUGCCACGACGGGAGCAACAUCAAGUUUGACCCCAUGAUGGAUUUGUCUUUGGAUAUCAACAACAAGACUACUUUGAUAGAAUGUUUGCAAAGCUUUCAUGAGGGCGAAGAACUAACAGACUUUAAUCAUAACUGCCGCAACUGUGGAUCCACCCGAAAUCCUUUCAAGCAAAUGACGAUUGCUAAGCUACCACCAGUGCUAGUCUUACAGUUGAAGCGGUUCGAGCAUCGCAUGACAGGUACCAGCGUGAAGCUCAAUGACUUCGUGGAGUUUCCGGCAUAUCUCAACAUGGCACCCUUCUGUCAUAAUGAUGGGUCUAAACCUAUUCCAGACUUUGUUUACGAACUAGUGGCCGUGAUCUCUCAUGAAGGCUCUGUAAAUCAAGGUCACUACACAAGUAUGUGCAAAAUCCCUGGAGGGCAAUGGUUCCGUUUCAAUGACUCAAUGGUGAUAAGUAUCUCAGAGGAGGAUGUGCUGCGCCAACAAGCAUACUUAAUUUUUUACGUCAUUCGCUAG